AUGCGGCUUGUCGGCAACAUUAUCAACCUAUUGUCAAUAAGUCGCGUCGUGACGCUCGGUGCGAAAGUUGCCAAAGGGGGGCGGGGGAGCGUCUGCGGCGGCGGGCCCGAAGGCCGCCGAGCGGGCCCGGAGGGAGCCGAGCGGCGCCCGCGGCGCGCGGUCCGGCAGUCGCCGCAGCCGUGGCCGUGCACUCUGCAGCUGCAGCUGCACGCGCAAAUGUCGGCCGCAGCCGCCACCUGCGACGUCUCCCAGUUCGUCAACGUCUCGCUCUCCGAUGCCAUCUCGCGGGCCAUCAGCGCCGCCGAGGCCGAAGCCGCCGGGCCGUCUGCAAUGAGGGGCUGCCACUUUUACAGUUCUAUGAACAGCAGAGGCUGUAAGAUGCAGAUGACGUCGGCGUCGGCGUCCGUGUCGGCGGCGCUGAGCUGCGUGAUGCUGGCGGCUGUGGCGGGGGCGCUGCUGCCGCCCGACAACACGGGCCUGGUGGGCGUGCCGCCGGAGCGCGACCACGCCCCCUCGCUCAACUUCUGGGUGGGCGCGCCCAAGCCGCCCGUCCGGCCGCGCCGCAAGGACCUGCACGACGAGACGCUGCUGCGCAGGCUCGGCAGCGACUUCGACCCCCGCUGGAUGCGGCGCGCGCACACCCCCUUCCAGAGCGCGCCCCCUAUCCGCGAGGAAGAGCGGCCGUCGGUGUCGCAGCUGCGCCGCCUGGCCGACCAGCUGCCGCUGCCCGAGUCUCUGCCGGCGGAGCUGCGUCCGGCGCUGCGCGCGUGGCUGGUGGCGCGCGCCUCCUGCCCCAUCUCUUUCGCCUGGAGCGACCUGGGCAUCGAGUUCUGGCCGCGCUGGGUGCGCCGCGGCCUCUGCGGCGACUCGCAGGCGGGCGGUGCCGGGGGCGGCGCGGGAGGCGGCGCCGACUCCUCCGAGAGCCGCGCGCCGCGCAUCCUCGACGGGCUGCUCGUCGACGAGGACGACGACGGCGACACCGUCGGCGAGGACGCGCUGGCGCCGGGCCGGCACUCCGGGGACUCCGGCGGCGAGGGCGCGGCGGGGGCGGCGGCGGCGGCGCUGGGGGCGGCGCUGCAGGGCAACGCGAGCGACGCGCGCCGCGCCUGCUCCUGGCCGCCCGGCAUGACCUGCAAGCCGGGCGUCGCGCGCAACCUGCACAUCCUGCGCUGGCACUGCAGGCUGCGCAAGUCCCUGGAGACGAACAAAGUCUGGACGGCGGAGAGGCUGCGCAAGGAGGUGGAACGGCGCAAGAAGCGGCGCAAGAAGUACCGGUGCACGUGGCUCAAGGUGCCUUACCCCGUGCCGGAGGACUGCGAGUGCGCCUGCUCAUGAGACCGGCUCAACGCUCCACGCGGCGCAAUAACUUUUUUUUCUGUGAUAUCGGCAGCGCUGGUCCAGACUAUGUGCUCUAGCUACGCUGUCUCGCCGAGGCGGCCACAGGACAAUCAAGGCACGGCUUCGUAGGGAACGCACGUGCGUGUGACAGUGCCACGGUGACUUCUAGUGCCCUUACUUACGGUGUACUCAAAAUCAGUUAACAGUGGAGUUAAACUCUGCAUAAGGUCCGGCAGUGUGUGUUGGUCGGCAAAUGGGUGCGAUCAGUAGCUGGCUUGCGUGCAAGUUGCACAAGGGAAUGGUCUGCAGCUGUGUGAAAUACUCUAGUGAUGUGGUAGGCAAAAAUGAUCUCACUUCGAAACUGUACAUCUGGUUUUGAACACUGAGUUUCGUAUCAGCUAAAUGCUUUUAAAAGUCGGAUUCUAAACAUGUCUCGAAAUACGUCGUGAAUUAAUUAAUAUUCAAAAAAGUCUGCUAAGAGCGCCACGGCCCUUAUGCUUCACUACCUUUAAUUCUGAAUGAUGUUUUCGUAAAAAACUGACUACAUGAGCAUUAAGAAAGGUAUAUAAUUAUUGCCGAGAAGAGCAGAAAACUUAUAGACCACGUCUGCCUCCACAACACAGCACUCUGUGUCUUUAUCAGUACGACUGAUGGUGGUUCUCAAAUGUUCCUAUAAUUUCUUCUAGGUUUAUGUAAAACUGUAUAUUAUAUAAUCAUGACAAACUGCUAAUAGGACAAUGCACGUCGAUGUUUUCGGAGCAUGAAUAUCAGCAAGAAAUAGGAGUUAAAGAAAAUUAUAAUUUAUCUUGGGGCAACACAUGUGAAUAUAGAUGAUAAUGUACUGUGUUGAACUUAGAAACCUGAAUGGAAGAUUGAAUAAGCUCGUCGCCUCCGUGCUUUGCAGUUUUAUGCUGAAUACUAACAAUAAUUUACUUGAAAAUGUGCUAGCUGUCUCCAAAUCAGUACACCCAUAACAACGAUUCCUGCUGCGUAUAUACAUAUACAUAUAUAGUUUCUAACGCAUUAUAUUUUAUUGCGUUUCACCUUAUAUUAAUAACAUUUGUUUUAAAGGAAGCCGAAUGAACAAGCUCAUUGCCACAUUUUUACAAAGAUCUGUAUAGACAUGCAAAUCAAAUUCCCAGCUAAGAAACUGCAUUGCAGUUUGUUCUUUGACAGCUUAUAAUCUGAUUUCUUCAGUCCAGUUAACAGGAAGAAGAAAGUCGUAGCAAUUACUAUUCGGGGGGGGGGG